AUGGCCAGUUCGAGAUCCAUGCGGCGGGCCCAGGUACCCGUCAACAAAAAAUGUUCUCUUUGUGACAGUGAAGACAAUGUGAACUGGUUCUGUAAUGACUGUCAGGAGGCUUUAUGUGAAGAAUGUAAAGAACUCCAUACACGAGGGAAGAAAACUAAAAACGAUGACGUCGUAAUGAUAGGGAAGGCUAACCGUCAGGAUGCCAAACCUGUCCUGGAGGUAUGUAAACUACAUCCCGGUAAACCAUGUGACAUGUAUUGUUGUGAUUGUAACAUGUUGGUAUGUUUGAUGUGUCUUUCACAGACGCAUAAACGUCACAAUUGGAAACAUUUAGAAGACGAACUGACAAUAAAAAAGCAGCAGAUAAAAGAACACAUAUCAACAAUUUCUGCGAAAAUAACACAUUUCGUGAACGUGACAAUAACGUUACAAAGUGCUAAGAAAGGUAUUUUGGAAAAUAUAAACGGAAUGCGAAAAGAGGUGAACUCUCAGAGAACGAAACUGAAGGAUGAAGUAAAUCAUAUCGCGGAUACAGCACUGGCGGAGUUAUCGGCCUUGGAGAAAGAACAGUUCGCCCAGUGUAAUAAUGUCUGUCAACAAUUCGAGAAGAAGAUUGAAGAGCUGACGCGUCUUCUUGAAAAGGCGCAAGUGACCUAUAGAUCAAGUGUAUCCAUGUUUGAUCUGGAAAGGUCAUUAAGGUCAUAUCUGCCUCUGGAUGAUGUGAACGUAGGGAAUGUUUUACAAAAAAACCCAAUCUUUGUUACAGGAAGUAUUGACCGCCAUCUGUUGAUGAAAAUGUUUGGUGAAUUACUCCUUCCGAACCAGUACAAGAAGAUCGACAUCAACAGUAACCACGUUCAGUGCCUCUCAAAGUUUACUAUCACUCAACAAAAGAUAAUAUUCGGUAUAUGUCCAGUAGACCGCAGUCAUGCGUGGUUAUCAAUACACGAACACAAAGGUCUGGUACUGGUCCACAGGAAUGGCGUGGUCACAGAGGAAGUGAAACUGAACUUUCGUCCGUACAGAAUCGCCAUGAUAGGGACCACCGACGUACUUAUGACCAGUAAUACACGUAGUACAUUCGUGUAUAAACUAUCACUACACAACAAACAAGUGACAACAUUUGCCGACAUCAGUCCACAUCAAGCGUGGGACAUCAGCAUCAACAAGACAGGCAUGGUCUUUGUUAGUACCGCAACACCAGACAUAGUGGUACUGAAUCAAUCAGGUGCGAUUGUAAGGAAGUUUUCCUGUGGAAAGGAUAAAUCGCAAGACGUUACGUGUUUGUCGUCAGGACGUCUGGGUGUUGUGGUAGGUGAUUGGGAAAGUAGGGAAAUAAUCGUAAUUGACGAGUCAUAUACGGUCAAACACGGAUGGACUGGUGAACUGGACAAUGGUAAAAAAGCUAAUGAUAUGUUAGUGUGUAAGAUGUCAUGUGACAAGUACGACAGAAUGUUUAUACCAGAUUACAGAAACAAUCAGGUGUACGUGCUAUCGAGUGAUAAGAAACAUGCCAAGUGUCUUAUGGACCAGAAACAUAGAGUGGUUGAACCUACAGUUGUGAGUGUGGACAAGUUUGGGAACGUGUGGAUCGGGUGUUGGGACGGUACUGUACACGUCAUGCGCCUGUAA